AUGACCGACCUCUUGAGAAGUGUUGUCACCAUCAUUGAUGUUUUCUACAAAUACACCAGCCAAGAUGAGGAAUGCGCCACACUGAGCACGGAUGAGCUAAAGGAACUUCUGGAGAAAGAGUUUCGGCCAAUUCUGAAGAACCCAGAUGAUCCAGAUACAGUGGAUGUCAUUAUGCAUAUGCUGGAUCGAGAUCAUGACCGAAGAUUGGACUUUAAUGAGUUUCUUCUGAUGGUAUUCAAGCUGGCUAUGGCCUGCAACAAGGUUCUCAGCAAAGAAUACUGCAAGGCUUCAGGGUCAAAGAAGCAGAAGCAUGGGAAUUGUCACCGACACCCAGAAGAAGAAAGUGAAACAGAAGAAGAUGAGGAUACAUCAGGACAGAAAUCAGGUUACAAAAAUCUAAGUAGGAGUAAGGGAAAAGAGCAUGGUUAUGGUUCUAAGGGCUCAAGGAGAACUGUGAAACACAGACAUGGGUCCAACUCCUGGAGGCUGGGGAUGCAAGACAGUUCAUCUAGCUUAGGGAACCAAGAGGAAUUUGAGAAAAGGCGCCGUGGGUCUAGCUCUAGUCACUCACAGAGUAGUGGCAAAAAAAGACAUGGUUCCACCUCUGGAAAGCUAGAGGAAAGAAGAAACAAUUCACAUGUUAGCUCCUCUAGGGAAUCUGGGGAGGAAUCUGAAUCUGAAUCUGAAUCUGAAUAUAAGAGUGGGGGAAGGAAAGGUCACGGUGGUCUGUCAUGUGGAAUGGAAGUUAGUGGGCAUGAAUCUAACUCUACUCAGUCAAGAAGGAGUGGAGGACAACAGCUUCCAUCUAGCUCUAAAGGUUCAACAGACAAUGGAAGACAAAGCUAUGUAUGUGGUAUUAGCAAUUCAAGUGAGUGUGGAGGAACACAAAAUGCUUUUAGCUCUUGUCAGGCAGGUAGAUUUGGAGGGCAAAGAACUAAAUCUAGAUGUACUCAGUCAGGUUGUCAAUCAGGAUAUAAGGGAAGACAAAGUCACACAUAUAUCUCAGGAGGUCAAUCCUCUGGAUAUGGUCAAUGUAAGCAUAGCUCCUGUAGCCAAUCUUCUUCUCAUAGAAGAUAUGAAUCUAUGGCAUGUUGUCAACCACAGAAUUGUGGAAGACAACAGGAAAUAGGAUCAAGUCAAUCCUCUUGCUAUGGCCAAUAUGGGUCUGGAGCAUGUCAGUCUUCUAACUGUAGUCAACAAGGAUCUGGUUGCCGUAAAUGCUCCAGGAACUCUCAUCAAACAAGAUGUCCUUCAAAUGAUUAUUCUAAAUAUGGUGAACAUAGGGCUUGCUCUGGACAGUCCUCUGGUAUUGGAAAGAAUGGGUGUGGCUCAGCUCACACUACCUGUGGACAACAUGGGUCUGGCUCAGGUCAGUCCUCUGGCUAUGGCCAACAACAGUCCAACGCAGGUCAGUCCUCAGGAUUUGGAAAACAUGGGUCGGGCUCAGAUCACUCCUCUAGACAUACAGUAAAUAGUUCCCACUCCAGCGACUCAGGAACUGUAGGAAAACAGAACUCUGCAUCAUCUCAGACUUCUACUCGUAGGCAAAACCAAGAGUCAGAUUCAAGUGAAACUAGAACACAAGAAACCAGAAACACUGGAGGCACUAAAAGUGCAUGCCUUUCAGGGCCUGCAGAGGGACAAUCAGGGACUUGCUAUGGCAAUGGAAAAUCUGCAGAGACACAUUUUGGAUCCUCCGACACAGGGAGACAAGGAUCGACUCAGGGGCAAUCAGGGGACGCCAGAAGACACUCUCAGGUAGGCAGAAGUAAAUCUUCGCACACUGGAUCUCACACCAGUGGAAGAAGGGAAGCAAGUCACAGUGAGGUCAGUGACAGUGAAGGCCAGUCAGGAGUCUCUCAUGGACACUCAGGAUCCAGUCAUGGCCAGGCUAGAUCUCAACAUGGGCAGUCUGGAUCCUCUGUCAGAGGGAGACAGGAGGGAUCUCCACAGGCACAAUCAGGAGACUCCAGCAGACACUCUCAGUCUGGCCAUGGGCAAUCUUCACACACGGGAUCUGACAGGACUAGAACAGAAGCAAGUCACAGUGCGGUCAGUGACAGUGAAGACCAGUCAGGAGUCUCACAUGGACACUCAGGGUCCAGUCAUGGCCAGGCUAGAUCUCAGCAUGGACAGUCUGGAUCAUCUGUCCGAGGGAGAGAGGGAUCUACUCAGGGACAAUCAGGGGACUCCAGCAGACACUCUCAGGUAGGCAGAGGACAAUCUUCACACACUGGAUCUCACACCAGUGGAAGAAGGGAAGCAAGUCACAGUGAGGUCAGUGACAGUGAACACCACUCAGGAGUCUCUCAUGGACACUCAGGGUCCAGUCAUGGCCAGGCUAGAUCUCAACAUGGGCAGUCUGGAUCCUCUGUCAGAGGGAGACAGGGAUCUACUCAGAGACAACAGGGAGACUCCAGCAGACACUCUCAGUCAGGCCAUGGGCAAUCUUCACACACGGGAUCUGACAGGACUAGAACAGAAGCAAGUCACAGUGAGGUCAGUGACAGUGAAGGCCAGUCAGGAGUCUCUCAUGGACACUCAGGAUCCAGUCAUGGCCAGGCUAGAUCUCAACAUGGGCAGUCUGGAUCCUCUGUCAGAGGGAGACAGGAGGGAUCUACACAGGCACAAUCCGGAGACUCCAGCAGACACUCUCAGUCUGGCCAUGGGCAAUCUUCACACACGGGAUCUGACAGGACUAGAACAGAAGCAAGUCACAGUGAGGGCAGUGACAGUGAAGACCAGUCAGGAGUCUCACAUGGACACUCAGGGUCCAGUCAUGGCCAGGCUAGAUCUCAGCAUGGACAGUCUGGAUCCUCUGUCAGAGGGAGACAGGGAUCUACUCAGGGACAAUCAGGAGACUCCAGCAGACACUCUCAGGUAGGCAGAGGACAAUCUUCACACACUGGAUCUCACACCAGUGGAAGAAGGGAAGCAAGUCACAGUGAGGUCAGUGACAGUGAACACCACUCAGCAGUCUCUCAUGGACACUCAGGGUCCAGUCAUGGCCAGGCUAGAUCUCAGCAUGGGCAGUCUGGAUCCUCUGUCAGAGGGAGACAGGAGGGAUCUACCCAGGGACAAUCAGGACACUCCAGCAGACACUCUCAGUCGGGCCAUGGGCAAUCUUCACACACGGGAUCUGACAGGACUACAAGAGAAGCAAGUCACAGUGAGGUCAGUGACAGUGAAGGCCAGUCAGGAGUCUCUCAUGGACACUCAGGAUCCAGUCAUGGCCAGGCUAGAUCUCAACAUGGGCAGUCUGGAUCCUCUGUCAGAGGGAGACAGGAGGGAUCUACACAGGCACAAUCCGGAGACUCCAGCAGACACUCUCAGUCUGGCCAUGGGCAAUCUUCACACACGGGAUCUGACAGGACUAGAACAGAAGCAAGUCACAGUGAGGUCAGUGACAGUGAAGACCAGUCAGGAGUCUCACAUGGACACUCAGGGUCCAGUCAUGGCCAGGCUAGAUCUCAGCAUGGACAGUCUGGAUCCUCUGUCAGAGGGAGACAGGGAUCUACUCAGGGACAAUCAGGAGACUCCAGCAGACACUCUCAGGUAGGCAGAGGACAAUCUUCACACACUGGAUCUCACACCAGUGGAAGAAGGGAAGCAAGUCACAGUGAGGUCAGUGACAGUGAAGGCCAUUCAGCAGUCUCUCAUGGACACUCAGGGUCCAGUCAUGGCCAGGCUAGAUCUCAGCAUGGACAGUCUGGAUCCUCUGUCAGAGGGAGACAGGGAUCUACUCAGAGACAAUCAGGGGACUCCAGCAGACACUCUCAGGUAGGCAGAGGACAAUCUUCACACACUGGAUCUCACACCAGUGGAAGAAGGGAAGCAAGUCACAGUGAGGUCAGUGACAGUGAAGGCCAGUCAGCAGUCUCUCAUGGACACUCAGGGUCCAGUCAUGGCCAGGCUAGAUCUCAACAUGGGCAGUCUGGAUCCUCUGUCAGAGGGAGACAGGGAUCUACUCAGAGACAAUCAGGGGACUCCACCAGACACUCUCAGUCGGGCCAUGGGCAAUCUUCACACACGGGAUCUGACAGGACUACAAGACAAGCAAGUCACAGUGAGGUCAGUGACAGUGAAGGCCAGUCAGCAGUCUCUCAUGGACACUCAGGGUCCAGUCAUGGCCAGGCUAGAUCUCAGCAUGGACAGUCUGGAUCCUCUGUCAGAGGGAGACAGGGAUCUACUCAGGGACAAUCAGGAGACUCCAGCAGACACUCUCAGUCGGGCCAUGGGCAAUCUUCACACACGGGAUCUGACAGGACUACAAGAGAAGCAAGUCACAGUGAGGUCAGUGACAGUGAAGGCCAGUCAGCAGUCUCUCAUGGACACUCAGGGUCCAGUCAUGGCCAGGCUAGAUCUCAGCAUGGACAGUCUGGAUCCUCUGUCAGAGGGAGACAGGAGGGAUCUACACAGGCACAAACCAGAGACUCCAGCAGACACUCUCAGUCUGGCCAUGGGCAAUCUUCACACACAGGAUCUGACAGGACUAGAACAGAAGCAAGUCACAGUGAGGUCAGUGACAGUGAAGGCCAGUCAGGAGUCUCUCAUGGACACUCAGGAUCCAGUCAUGGCCAGGCUAGAUCUCAACAUGGGCAGUCUGGAUCCUCUGUCAGAGGGAGACAGGAGGGAUCUACACAGGCACAAUCCGGAGACUCCAGCAGACACUCUCAGUCUGGCCAUGGGCAAUCUUCACACACGGGAUCUGACAGGACUAGAACAGAAGCAAGUCACAGUGAGGGCAGUGACAGUGAAGACCAGUCAGGAGUCUCACAUGGACACUCAGGGUCCAGUCAUGGCCAGGCUAGAUCUCAGCAUGGACAGUCUGGAUCCUCUGUCAGAGGGAGACAGGGAUCUACUCAGGGACAAUCAGGAGACUCCAGCAGACACUCUCAGGUAGGCAGAGGACAAUCUUCACACACUGGAUCUCACACCAGUGGAAGAAGGGAAGCAAGUCACAGUGAGGUCAGUGACAGUGAAGGCCAUUCAGCAGUCUCUCAUGGACACUCAGGGUCCAGUCAUGGCCAGGCUAGAUCUCAGCAUGGACAGUCUGGAUCCUCUGUCAGAGGGAGACAGGGAUCUACUCAGAGACAAUCAGGGGACUCCAGCAGACACUCUCAGGUAGGCAGAGGACAAUCUUCACACACUGGAUCUCACACCAGUGGAAGAAGGGGAAGCAGUCACAGUGAGGUCAGUGACAGUGAAGGCCAGUCAGCAGUCUCUCAUGGACACUCAGGGUCCAGUCAUGGCCAGGCUAGAUCUCAGCAUGGGCAGUCUGGAUCCUCUGUCAGAGGGAGACAGGGAUCUACUCAGAGACAAUCAGGGGACUCCACCAGACACUCUCAGUCGGGCCAUGGGCAAUCUUCACACACGGGAUCUGACAGGACUACAAGAGAAGCAAGUCACAGUGAGGUCAGUGACAGUGAAGGCCAGUCAGCAGUCUCUCAUGGACACUCAGGGUCCAGUCAUGGCCAGGCUAGAUCUCAGCAUGGACAGUCUGGAUCCUCUGUCAGAGGGAGACAGGGAUCUACUCAGGGACAAUCAGGAGACUCCAGCAGACACUCUCAGGGUCCAGUCAUGGCCAGGCUAGAUCUCAACAUGGGCAGUCUGGAUCCUCUGUCAGAGGGAGACAGGAGGGAUCUACACAGGCACAAUCCGGAGACUCCAGCAGACACUCUCAGUCUGGCCAUGGGCAAUCUUCACACACGGGAUCUGACAGGACUAGAACAGAAGCAAGUCACAGUGAGGGCAGUGACAGUGAAGACCAGUCAGGAGUCUCACAUGGACACUCAGGGUCCAGUCAUGGCCAGGCUAGAUCUCAGCAUGGACAGUCUGGAUCCUCUGUCAGAGGGAGACAGGGAUCUACUCAGGGACAAUCAGGAGACUCCAGCAGACACUCUCAGGUAG